GACGUCAUCACUGUGCGCCUUCCUCUCUCUCUCUGUCGCAGCAACAUGUGAAACAAACAUGUUGAAAAAUAGUUCCUCUGGCAUUUAAUACUUUCAUCGUCUCCUAUAUUUAGAUAAUAGGACACAACAGGAGUAUUCACGGGUACUUACACAUCGUAGCAAACGGGUUAAUUAGCGAAACCGAGAUUAGCCUAGCACACAAGGACAUUGGGUUGUUUUGUGUACGUUUAGUUGCCCUUUUUUUUAUCCUCCAACAUGGACAACACACAGGAAAGUGAGAUACAGCUCCACGGAGACGAGGAAAUAGUUGAAGUGAUUGACCUCGACGAGACAGAGCCUGGUCCGGAGGACCUGGCCGACGUGCUGGACGAUGUUGAUUUUGAGGAAGACCAGGGUAACGCAGAGGAUGAAGGCUGGGAGACGGAGGAUGAGAUGGAAGCGGAUCAAGAUGACAGCGAGCUGACAUUUUCCAGUCAUAAAGGUUCUGUAUUCUGCGUGAGCUUGGACCCUGUCACCAACACUAUGGCUGUGACUGGGGGAGAAGACGACAAGGCGUUUGUUUGGAGAGUCACUGAUGGAGAGGUUCUGUUUGAAUGUACAGGUCAUAAAGACUCUGUGACCUGUGCCUUGUUCAGUCACGACUCGUCCCUCGUUGCCACCGGAGACAUGAGCGGGAUGAUCAAAGUCUGGAAAGUGGAAACCAAAGAGGAGAUCUGGUCAUUUGAAGUUGGCGAUCUGGAGUGGUUGGAGUGGCACCCGCGCGCUCCAGUGCUGCUGGCGGGCACAGACGACGGGAACGUGUGGAUGUGGAAGAUCCCGGCAGGAGACUGUAAAACGUUCCAGAGCGCGGCGUGCCAGGCCACCAGCGGCAAAGUGCUUCCUGAUGGUAAACGGGCUGUGGUGGGAUAUGAAGACGGGAGUGUUCGUGUCUGGGACUUAAAGCAGGGAAACGCAAUCCAUGUCAUAAAAGGUCAAGACGGACACCAGGGGGCGCUCACCUGCUUGGCUUGCAAUAAAGACGGCUCUCUGGUGCUGACUGGCUCAGUGGAUGGAGGCGCUAAACUCAUCAACACUACGACAGGGAAGGUGCUGGGAGCCUUCACUGUGGAAGGAGUAGCCAAAGGUUCAAAAGACGGAGAGGAGGAAACCAACUCAGUAGAAUCUGUGGGAUUUUGCAACAUACUGCCUCUUAUUGCCGUGGCCUACCUCGACGGAACCCUGGCCAUAUACGACCUCUCCACACAGGUCCUCAGGCACCGCUGUCAGGAUGAGGCCGGUAUAGUUCACUUGCAGUGGGAGGAGUCGUCUUCAGUCGUGUCCACGUGCAGUCUGGACGGAGCACUGCGUUUGUGGGACGGGCGCACGGGAAAUAUGGUGUCAGAGUACCGCGGGCACACGGCCGAGAUCCUGGACUUCACUAUCAACAGAGAGGGAACCAUGGCUGUGACCGCUUCAGGGGACAACCAGGCCAAAGUGUUCUGCCUCCAGAGACCAGAUCGAUAAACUGCGGAAGAAAAAGACAAGCAGAUGUUAUAAAGAACUCUAAUAAUAAUAAUAAUAAUAACACAGAGGAGAAAUAUCGUCCUGGUGAUUUUAAAAUGCGGCCUGCUUUAGUCAGAUUGUAGCAUCUUAAUUGCUGUGUUAUGAAAUGUUAUGAACUGGAGUGACAGGUCUGGAUAAUUAGAAACGACCCGAGACUCAACAAGACUAAACAAAAGUAUUACUAAUCGCGAUGCGUUUGAGAGUCUUUUGGUUCUCGUCAAAGAUAAAACCAGAUGCUUCCUUUGUCGUUUCGGAGUUCAGAAUUUGUUUGUGGUCUGGAUCGAACCCAGAAAAUCCCUCGUGUAAAUAUAGAAUGAAUAUACUUUAAGAAUAUUUUGCACCGCGACUGUUAUUACGUCAUCUCUCUAUUCCCCUUUGAAAAUAAAAAAACCCUUGAUGGUCUUUUUGCGU